AUGAUCUCCCAAGGCAUGUGCAGAAGCUUGAGCAUUCAGUGCAAUGAAAGAGACCGCCAUCUUCUUCUAAACUUCAAACACACUGUGGUUGAUCCAUCAGCCAUCCUCUCUACUUGGUCUGAUGAGCGAGACUGCUGUGAAUGGCAUGGGGUUCAUUGUGAUAACACCACCGGCAGAGUCAUGGAGCUCAGCCUCCCAUGUCCCCAACAAGAUCCUUUUGCUGCAGAUUGUGAAGAGAAGGAUCCAUACUGUCUCACUGGUGAGAUCCACUUGUCAUCUUUGCUCCAACUUGAGUUUCUAAAUUACUUGAAUUUGAGCUUUAAUGACUUCCAUGCUAUCGUUCCAAAUGACCAUGUGGAUGAUAUCACAGACUGCAAUAACCUAUCUGUGGCUGACCGUCCUCAUUUUUGCGGAAAUUCUUCCAAUUUGCAUUAUCUUGAUUUAUCUUAUAAUGGUCAUCUUCACAUGGGUAGUCUUGAUUGGCUCUAUCGUUUUCCAUCCUUGGAAUAUGUUGACUUCACUGGCAUUAAUCUUCGAGGGAGAGUUGACUGGAUUCAACUACCAACUCUACUCCCUUCACUUACAGAGUUAUCCUUAGAGCAUUGUCAGCUUACAAGCAUCAAUCCAUCUCUCCAGUUUCUUAAUCUUACUUCCCUUGAAGUUCUCAACCUUUCUAACAAUGAUUUUAGCUCUGAAUUUCCAGUUUGGUUAUUCAAUCUCAGUGAUAUCACUACUAUUGACUUGAGCUUCAACUUUUUGCAAGGCCAAUUCCCAAAGAGAUUAUUAAAUCUUCGAAAAAUAAAAACAUUGUAUUUGCGUCACAACAAAUUCGUUGGACAAAUUCCAGAUUGGUUAGGCCAACUUGAACAUCUACAAGCUUUUGAUGUUAGUGAAAAUUUCUUUUCUGGUCCAAUUCCUUCAACUUUGGGAAAUAUGUCAUCCUUGAUUUUCUUGGAUGUCCAUUCAAAUCACUUGAAUGAAAGUCUACCAGAAAGUCUUGGACAACUCUUGAACUUGAAGGUAUUAUGUUUUUAUGGUAAUCACUUGAUGGGGUAUAUCUCUGAAAGAAAUUUUGUCAAACUCUCAAAUUUGAGAGAACUUUGCAUGGGAUCACCGAAUUUAAUCUCUGACUUCGAUUCUCUAUGGGUUCCUCCUUUUCAGCUUAAAUUGAUUUAUUUGGAUCACAUAGUAGGCUCGAAACUUCCUGCAUGGAUAUACACACAAACAUAUCUUGAAAGAUUGAUAAUUACCCACUCAAUCAUUUCAUUUGAACCUCAAGACAAGUUUUGGGACUUUGCAGCACAGCUUCGAUACAUACGCCUACAAGACAACACAAUUCAUGUUGAGAUGCCGGAAGUGUUGCUAAACGCUACCAUCAUAAGAUUGAGUUCAAACAAAAUUAGAGGCAAACUCCCUCGAUUAUCACCAAAUGUUGCGAUGUUCACUGCAGCACAGAACUCUUUCCAAGGACCUAUCUCUCCAUUGUUGUGUCAGAAAAUGAAUAGAAGACGCCAAUUACAGUAUCUAGACUUGUCUUAUAAUCUUUUGUCCGGAGGGCUUACAAAUUGUUGGAUGCAAUGGAAAUCAUUGGUUAUUGUCAAGCUACACGGUAAUCAUCUAACAGGCACAAUCCCCCCAUCAGUUGGUAUGUUGUCUAACCUUAUGGUUUUACGUCUCAAUGAAAAUAAUUUAUUUGGACAGGCACCUUCGUCACUGUUAAAUUGCCAGAAGUUGCAGGUCCUUGAUGUAGGAGAAAAUAAAUUAUCUGGAUUCUUAAUGAAUUGGAUGCCACAAAAUGCAAAGUUCCUUCGACUAAGAUCCAAUCAAUUAAGUGGAAGUAUACCGCCCCAAAUAUGUCAAUUGGCUUCCCUUAUAAUAUUGGAUUUUGCAGACAACAAAAUAUCAGGUUCAUUACCUAUUUGUCUACAAAAUCUGACAGCCAUGACUUUCCCUAAUUCUUCUAAUAAUGGGGUUUACAAAUUUUGCAUUAGAACUCCAGGUUUGACUUAUGAAGUCGGUAAUGAGCUUAUACUGCAUAUAAAAGGCCAAGCAUCGAAGUUUAACGAAAACUUAAAGUUCUUGCAUGCUAUUGAUCUAUCAAGUAAUAAUAUCUCUGGAUCAAUACCUCCAGAAAUAUUUAGCCUUGCUGGAUUACAAUCUUUGAACUUUUCCCAUAAUCAACUUGAGGGAAACAUACCAAAUGAGAUCAACAACAUGAAAAAUUUGGAGUCUCUUGAUCUCUCAAGAAACCAACUUUCGGGUGAAAUUCCUCCAAGUAUGGCUAAAUUAUCUUUUCUGGAGGCCUUGAACCUCUCCUUCAACAAUUUCAUCGGGAAGAUUCCAUCAGGAACUCAACUUCAAGGGUUUGAUGCACAAAGCUAUAUUGGGAAUCCUGAAUUAUGUGGGGCUCCACUUCCAAAGAAUUGCACAAAACAAGAUGGCGAACCCGUUGAAGGAAAUGACAGUCAAAAAGAUGAAUUUCUAUCUUCAUUCUACUUUGGAUUGGGGGUUGGAUUUGCGACGGCUUUUUGGGGAGUCUGUGUUGCCAUUUUCUUCAACAGAAAUUUCAGACAUUCUUACUUCAGAUUCCUCUAUCACAUCAGAGACAAACUUUAUGUUACAGCGGUCCUUAGGAUGAACCAUUUCCAUCGUUGA